AAGCAGCACCGCGUUGACGACGCGGACGGCGGCAAGCUUUCCGGCUCGCUGGGCACCGCGGCUAAGCGGCACCGCGCGCAAAGGGCGGGCUCAGCUGACCGUGUGCGUGUGUGUGUGUGUGUGUGUGUGUGCGUGCCGGUGGCGCGGUAGUAACCCCCACUCAGUGCGCCACCGCUGCCGCCGCUGCAGCAAGUAAACAACAGAGCGCGUCGUCCGCCAGUUUGGAUAACGCAGCGCUGCGGCGCGGCCAGCCUCGCCAUGGACAGCGGCCACCGGUUGCCGCUCAAGCCCAACCCGCGGGCCAAAAGCAACUUCCUGCUGAAUCUCACCUUCCUGUGGACGUUUCCUAUUUUUCGGAAGGGCCUGAAGAAGGAAUUCGAAGAGGGUGACUUAUUUCAGCCUUUACCAGACCAUGAGUCGGGAAUAGUCGGUGCAAAAUUAGAGGGAAUUUGGCAAGAUGUGGUUAAAGAAGCAGAGGAGAAGCAAACUACACCAAGUUUACUGAAAGCAUUGCUGAGAUGUUUUGGGAAUGAAUUUAUUUGUAUUGGUAUACCUUUGGCAAUCAUGGAAUUAUUUAUUAGGAUUAUGCAACCUAUAUUUUUGGGUUGGUUAGUGUCAUAUUUUUCUGAAGACUAUAUAGAUGAAGAAUAUAAUGGUUACAUCUAUGGCACCUUAGUUAUUGUUUGCUCAGCACUGUCAGUGUGGACAAUGCAUCCCUAUAUGUUAAGCAUUCUUCAUCUGGGUAUGAAGGUCAGAGUAGCAACAUGUUCACUGGCAUACCGUAAGCUCUUACGUCUGAACCGAGCUGCCCUCAGAGAAACGACACCUGGACAGCUUGUCAACCUAUUGUCAAAUGAUGUGAAUAGGUUUGAUAUAGCAGUAUUGUUUAUCCACUACCUCUGGCUUGGGCCUCUUCAAACUUUUGUUAUAACAGUCUUCCUCAUCUAUGAAAUAGGCACGUUGCCAGCUCUGGUUGGAGUUGCUUCACUGCUCGUCUAUGCCCCCAUGCAAGGAUACUUUGGGAAGAUGGCAUCUGUGUGCCGUUUAAAAGUGGCCCUGCGUACUGAUGAGAGAGUACGCUUGAUGAAUGAAAUUAUUGGUGCCAUACAAGUCAUUAAAAUGUAUGCCUGGGAAGUCCCAUUUCAAAAAAUGGUCACCAUAGCUCGCAAACUGGAAGUAAAUCAAAUUAUGAACACCAACUACAUCAGAGGAACUAUUGUUUCAUUUAUUAUCUUUGCCAAACGGUUUUCAAUUUUUGCUGCAUUGUUAACAUUUGCCUUAGCUGGAGAUAAACUCACUGCAAAACAUGUUUUUAUUGUUACUGCCUACUUCAACAUUCUUCAAGCAAACAUGACUGUAUUUUUCCCUCAGGGGAUAACUCAAGUUGCUGAAGCCUUAGUUUCUGUGAAAAGACUUCAGAAAAUUAUGUUACUUCCUGAAGUUAAGAGCCUCACUGGAAACGAUCUAAAAAAAGAGGGGGCAAUAAUUAUGAAUAGUGCAUCCGCAAAAUGGGAUCCUGAGCUUACGGAACACACCCUGUCUGAAGUCACCGUUAAUAUUGCGCCUGGGUCACUUGUUGCUGUUGUUGGCCCUGUUGGAGCAGGCAAGAGUUCAUUUCUUAAUGCCAUACUGGGAGAACUGCAACUUGACUCUGGCUCCUUGCAAGUGGGUGGCACUGUGUCAUAUGCUGGCCAGGAGCCUUGGUUGUUUGCAUCCACGGUGCGUCAAAAUAUUCUGUUUGGAGAACCCAUGGACCCAGUCCGCUAUAAAGAGGUGAUAAAUGUUUGUGCCUUGAAAGCUGACAUAGCCAUGUUCCCCCAAGGAGAUCGAACCAUUGUGGGAGAGAAAGGAGUUUCUUUGAGUGGAGGUCAAAGAGCUCGAAUAAAUCUUGCUCGAGCUUUGUACCGUCAAGCUGACAUAUACCUUCUGGAUGAUCCUCUAUCUGCUGUGGACGCCCAUGUUAGUGCCCACUUGUUCCAUGACUGUAUCUCUAAAUACUUGCAUGGCAAGACUCGUAUUUUGGUCACCCACCAGCUGCAGUAUCUUCCUUUUGUUGAUCGUGUUUUUGUUCUCAACAAUGGUCACCUGAUAUCUGAAGGGACGUAUUUAGAGAUAAAAGACAUGGGCCUUGACUCCCUGUUGGGCAGUAUGGCUCAUGACCCUGAAAAGACUGAUGGAAACAAGGAAGAGAAUGAAGAGGCCAGCAAUCAUAAAUCUCCUCUGAAACGGGAUUCUCCAUCAAGACUGUCCAUCAUAAGUUCUGUUUCUGGGCAUGACUCCAAACGAUCAUCUAUAGAUCCAUCCAUGAUGGAAUAUGUUCACCCAGAAGAUCCUGAAGAGCGUGCUUCAGGAGCUGUUGGCUGGAAUAUAUUCAUGGCUUACUUCAAAUCUGCUGGCAACUGCUUUUAUGUCUUUCUUGUGUUGUCAUCGUUUGUAUGGUGCCAACUAUUUGCCAGUGCAGGGGAUUAUUGGAUCACUGUUUGGGUGCAAGUUGAAGAAGUGAAUCAUAAUGCAACAACCACUGCAACUGAGGAAUGGUACAGGCAAUGGCCUCCUUCAAGAGAAACUUGCAUCUACGCAUAUACAGCUAUCUCCCUUGGCACCAUAGUCAUCACUUUGGCCAGAUCUUUCCUAUUUUUCCACCUAUGUUGCCGAGCCUCACGACGUUUACAUGAUGACAUGUUUGCCAGUAUCACACAUGCUAAAAUGCGCUUUUUCUACAACAAUACUUCGGGUCGCAUCCUAAAUAGAUUUUCCAAGGACAUGGGAGCAGUGGAUGAAAUAUUGCCCUUGUGUAUGAUAGAUGCUUUCCAGAUUGGAGCUCAAUUACUUGGAAUUAUGAUUUUGGUUGCAUUUAUCAAUUAUUGGCUUAUAAUACCAAUGGCCAUUGUAUCAGGUCUUGGAUUAUUGAUCCGCAAUGUAUUCAUGACUACGUCUAGAAGUAUUAAGCGACUUGAAGGUGUCACACGGAGUCCUGUCUUCAGUCACAUGAAUGCAUCUUUGAACGGGCUGACCACUCUAAGAGUGACGAACAUGGAAGUUAAAUUAAUUGAAGAAUUUGAUCAUCAUCAGGAUUUACAUUCCUCAGCAUGGUAUCUCUUUUUGGCUACAAACAGAGCAUUUGGUUAUUGGCUGGAUCAGCUUUGUUUGGUGUUCAUUACGGCUGUCACUUUUGGAUUUCUCAUUGGAAGUCACCUAGGUGUGUUUGGAGGGAAUGUGGGCUUGGCCAUAACACAGGCAAUAUCGCUGACGGGAAUGCUGCAGUGGGGACUGAGGCAAGAGGCAGAAGUUGAAAACCACAUGACUUCGGUUGAAAGAGUCCUGGAAUAUGCUAAAUUGCCAUCAGAGCCCCCUAUGGAGUCAGCACCAGAUAAAAAGCCAGAUCCCCUUUGGCCCAAGGAGGGACGGGUUCAGCUGGAGAAUUUAUCAUUGUACUAUGAUUCAGACGAUCCCCCAGUUCUAAAGAAUCUCAACAUUGUAAUCAACCCUGGAGAGAAAGUUGGCAUUGUUGGUCGAACAGGGGCAGGAAAGUCAUCACUUAUUUCUGCAUUGUUCCGAUUGGAAGAACUACGGGGCAAAAUUAUUAUUGAUGGUGUGGAUACUGGAACAAUUGGAGUCCAUGAUCUUCGUCAAAAAUUGUCCAUUAUUCCUCAGGAGGCUGUUUUGUUCAAUGCCACGAUGAGGAAAAAUCUUGACCCAUUUGAUGAACAUAAUGAUGAUGCUAUUUGGUCAGCUCUUCAAGAGACGGACCUGAAGGGAGUUGUUGAUGAAUUGGGCUACGGACUCCAGUCCCCAAUACAGGAGGGAGGAUCCAAUCUUAGUGUUGGUCUCCGCCAAUUAGUGUGCUUAGCAAGAGCCAUUCUCAGAAAUAAUCGUGUUCUUAUUUUAGAUGAAGCUACAGCAAAUGUGGAUCCUCAGACUGAUAAACUAAUUCAAAAGAUGAUAAGAAAUAAAUUUGGAGACUGUACAGUACUUACAAUUGCCCAUAGACUCCAUACCAUAAUGGAUUCUGACAAAGUUCUUGUCAUGGAUGCUGGCUGUGUUGCAGAAUUUGAUCAUCCCCAUUUACUACUGCAAAACAAAAAUGGCCAUCUGUUCAAAAUGGUGCAGCAGGUGGGAGGUGCCACUGCACAAAAACUUUUCUCUAUAGCAGAGGAGAGCUAUCUUAACAGAGAAGGAUCACUGUGAGAAGACUGGUUCUAGGAAGAAAUAGUGUUCAUGUAAAUUGUCUCAUGGUAUUGCUACAUUAUUGAUGUAAAAUUGCAAUUCUAAGAGUUUCAUGUCACUGCACACCGUAGAAAUUGUGAUUGGCUUUGUUUCUUGUUUUCACUGUUUUUCCUUCUUUUUACUAUUAUCAUUUAAAAUUAGUCUCCUGAGGGGUGUACCCUUUCUCAUGGGUGUACCUUUUCUCGUGGGUGUACCAUUCUCUUACACCAUAUCAGGAAAAAGAACCAUCUUUCCUGUGGCGUGUUUCCUACUGUAGGUUUUAUUUUAAUUAUACAAGUGAGCAGCUGGCCAUUGAACAAAUCCGCACACUAUUGUAUCAUUUUUCAUUCAUUGGUCAUGUACGGUAGUUCCAAUCUUGCAUCAUUGUAUAUCAGCAAAUCAUUAUUUUUUAUAAGAGAAAUGAUCCAUCUUUAAAAUUGAUGCCAUUUCCUCAAUUUGUGGAUGGGUUGUAUUUAUUUAUAGUUUUAAAGUUUCUCUCUAGUUCGUAAGUACUAUUUUUAAAAGAAAUCCUGAUUUCGUGAUGACAAAUGUUUGUAAAUGUUUAUUUUGUUGUACCAUUAUUUUUGUGUGUGUACUAUUUUUCAUGUCUUGUGACAUUUUUUACAGAAAGUGUAUUAAAUGUUUUAUCUACAAAAUGAA